CAUACAUGGUAUCACUUGUUAUACAUAAUUAUUAUACAUAAAUCAUUGCCAAAAGCACAAGACAUACUGUUGCAUGUUGGUCUAUAUUAUUAAUGGAUUGAUCAUAUAGAAAUAUAAAACAUUCUUUUAACUACUACAAUGCAAUUACAUGUGGAGCAGGAACCACUGACUCACUGCAUUAUUCUAUAGUAUUAUCAAGACACCUGCUGUUAACUCUUAACUACUUAGGACACCUGCUGUUAACUCUUAACUACUUAGGACAGCUCACCAGGUGUCCUAAAUAUUGCGUACAGAACUGUCCGCGUCCACGUUCGGUGUGGCGCCAAGCCGGUUACGCGCAGAGUGGACUGAGGUGAUCUCGGGGAAUAACGAUGGAGUUUGUUACAGUGUUGAGACACCGAAGUUUAUUGUUCAAUUUGCUUUUUUCUUUACGGUCAGGGACAUUAUGAGUGUAGACAGAUCCUUUUCACUCUCUAUCCUUGUUUCAAUUUGUGGUUCACCGGAUUCAUCAUCGAGACGAGGGACAGACGAACGACCUGCUAACUAGCCAAGCUAUUCGGUACAGCUCGGUAAGCUAGCUAGCUACUUUACCAGCAGCAUCCUAGUUAUCCUAGCUAUUCGGUACAGCUCGGUAAGCUAGCUAGUUACUCUACCAGCAGCAUCCUAGUUACCAUAGCUACCACUACAUCAUCACCGGCUCCCCGGUUGUUUCUUCCACCUGUUAAAUCCGGGUGAGGCUUCUCCCUCUCGUUGACGGAUGCUGGCUACCUCUGUCCGGUUCUCCUCUCUUCACUAGAUGGACGGUAACUUUAGUGUUUAACCCUCUGUGUCCAAGGACCAAACUUUUGAAUAUUAUUUUCAGGGCGCCUCAAUAGCAGGUAUUGAACCCCGGGUAAAUAAUCACUAGUCAGAACCUCAACCUCAGUUUACAUUCAUUAUAAAAAAUCAUCUUAAUAUCUGAUAUUGUGAGUAAACAACCUCGAGAGUGCGUCUUCCAGACCUCCAAUAAAUGACAUCAUUCAACCCUCCCGGUUAGUAAAUUUACCUCAACAUCCCCCGGAGAAGGCAGAGUAACGACACCAGCCUUUUAGCGGGGCUGACAGACUGACUACAACGUUCGCGUCGCUAAAUUAAUUUCGUUUUUAAAAAUGACACACUGCUCGCGCGCUGCAACGAGCGUCUAGAAGUCAGUUCUAUUUGUGAAACUCUUCUUAUGUUUCCCCAUCUGAGCUCAGAGUAGAUGAGAGAUGUAAUGUUUGUCUCUGUUGUGUUGAAGACCAAUCAAGCAGGAGAGACCAGCCUCCCCUGUUCCCAGCUGUGUGUCCAUGAAGAGUGACUGGUCUAUGAAGCAACCUUUACACUUUAGAGAGGGAGACUUUUCUACUGAACAAAGAAACCAACAGGAGAGAUCAGAGUCAGAGAUUCUCAGUGGUCAGUCUUCCCAGAGUCAUCAAACAGACCUGGCCUCCAUAUUCAGUUUGCUUGAAGAGAAAAUUAUGACAUUUGUGAAGAACGAGCUGAAGAUGUUCAAGAGGAUUCUUAGUCCAGAACUCCCACAAGGCUUUGAGAGUCAGAAACAGGAUAAGGAAGUGGUGGAUGCUGAAGAUGAGAAGCAGGAGAGCAGUGCCAGAGAGGGGGCUCUGAAGAUCACACUGCACAUCCUGAGGAAAAUGAACCAGAAGGAGCUUGCUGACACACUGGAGAAAUAUUCAGAUGAUCUUGCUGUGAUUUGCCAACGUGAACUCAAAUCUAAUCUACAGAAGAAGUUUCAAUGUGUGUUUGAGGGGAUCGCUAAACAAGGAAACCCAACACUUCUCAAUAAGAUCUACACAGAGCUCUACAUCACAGAGGGUGGAACAGGAGAGGUCAAUAAUGAACAUGAGCUGAGACAGAUUGAGACAACAACCAGGAAACAAGCAAGACCAGAGACUCCAAUCAAAUGUAACGACAUCUUCAAACCCUUAACUGGACAAGACAAACCUAUCAGAACUGUGCUGACAAAGGGAGUCGCUGGCAUUGGAAAAACAGUCUCUGUGCAGAAAUUCAUUCUGGACUGGGCUGAAGGAAAAGCAAAUCAGGAUGUCCAAUUUGUAUUUUCAUUCCCUUUUCGGGAGCUGAAUUUGAUGAAAGGGGACAAACACACUUUCAUUGAACUUCUUAAUCACUUCUCAAUGGAAACCAAACAAUCAAGAAUCUCCAACUACGACAAGUACAAAGUUCUGUUCAUCUUUGAUGGUCUGGAUGAGUGCCGACUGCCCCUAGACUUCCAGAAGAACAAGAUCUGUUGGGACGUCACAGAGUCAACCUCAGUGGAUGUUCUGCUGACAAAUCUCAUCAGGGGAAAUCUGCUUCCCUCUGCUCUCCUCUGGAUAACUACCCGACCUGCAGCAGCCAAUAAGAUCCCUUCAUGGUGUGUUGACCAGGUAACAGAAGUACGAGGGUUCAAUGACCCACAGAAGGAGGAGUACUUCAGGAAGAGAUUCAGUGAUGAGGACCUGGCCAGCAGAAUCAUCUCACACAUAAAGACAUCAAGGAGCCUCCACAUCAUGUGCCACAUUCCAGUCUUCUGUUGGUUUUCUGCAACAGUCCUUGAACACAUGCUGAAACAUAAGAGAGAAGAGAUGCCCAAGACUCUGACUGAGAUGUACACACACCUUGUGGAGUUUCAUACCAAACAGAAGAAUGAAAAGUAUCUUGGGAAAGAAGAGACAGGUCCACACUGGAAUAAAGAGAGCAUUCUGUCACUGGGAAAACUGGCUUUUCAACAGCUUGUGAAUGGCAAUCUGAUUUUCUAUGAAGAAGACCUGCAAGAGUCUGGCAUUGAUGUUAAUGAAGCCUCAGUGUACUCAGGAUUGUGCACACAGCUCUUUAAAGAGGAAUGUGUGCUGUACCAGGUCAGAGAGAAGCCUAAAGUUACUGAAGUUACUUUCUACAAGAGUGCUGUGGAUAAAGCCUUACGAAGUGAGGCAGGAAACCUGGACCUUUUCCUCCGCUUCCUUCUGGGCCUCUCACUGGAGUCCAAUCAGAAGCACUUACGAGGUCUACUGACAAAGACAAGAAGCAGCUCACAGAGCCAUGAAGACACAGUCAAGUACAUCAAGGAGAAGAUCAGGGAGAAUCCCUCUCCAGAGAGGAGCAUCAAUCUGUUCCACUGUCUGAAUGAACUGAAUGACCAUUCUCUAGUGGAGGAGAUCCAAAGCUACCUGAGCUCAGGAAGUCUCUCAAAACCCAACCUGUCACCUGCACAGUGGUCAGCUCUGGUCUUUGUGUUGCUGACUUCAGAAAAGGAGCUGGAUGUGUUUGACCUGAAGAAAUACUCCAGAUCAGAGGAAGGUCUUCUGAGGCUGCUGCCAGUGGUCAAAGCCUCCAGAGCUGUUCUGCUGUCAGCCUGUGGAGUCACAGAGGAAGGCUGUGCUUCUCUGGUCUCAGCUCUGAGGUCAAACCCUUCACACCUGAGAGAGCUGGACCUGAGUAACAAUGACCUGAAGGAUUCAGGAGUGAAGCUGCUCUCUGCUGGACUGGGGAAUCCCCACUGUAAACUGGAGACUCUGAGGCUGUCAGGCUGUCUAGUCACAGAGGAAGGCUGUGCUUCUCUGGUCUCAGCUCUGAGGUCAAACCCCUCACACCUGAGAGAGCUGGACCUGAGCUACAAUCACCCAGGAGACUCAGGAGUCAGACUGCUCUCUGCUGGACUGGAGGAUCCACACUGCAGACUGGAGAAACUCAAUGUGGAACAUGGUGGAGAGAACAGAAUGAAACCUGGACUUAGAAAAUAUGUCUGUGAUCUCACACUGGACCUAAACACAGUAAACAGACUCCUCUCUCUGUCUGAGGGGAACAGAAAGGUGACAUGGAGGAGAGAGGAGCAGCCGUAUCCUGAUCACCCAGAGAGAUUUGAGGACUGGGGACAGGUGCUGUGUAGAGAGGGUCUGACUGGGCGCUGUUACUGGGAGGUAGAGUGGAGUGGGAGAAGGGGGGCUGGUAUAGGAGUGACAUAUAAAGGAAUCAGCAGGAGAGGAAGGGUUAAGGACUGUUGUCUUGGAUACAAUGACAAGUCCUGGAGUCUGUUCUGCUCUGACAACAGUUACAUUGCCAGGCACAAUAAUAAUCCACUACCAUAGACGUCCCCUCCUCCAGCUCCCACAGAGUAGGAGUGUAUCUGGACUGGCCAGCCGGCACUCUGUCCUUCUAUAGAGCCUCCUCUGACACACUGACCCACCUGUACACAUUCACCUCCACAUUCACUGAGCCCCUCUAUCCAGGGUUUCAU